GGAAGCUGAGGCACAGAAGGGGAAGUUAAGGAACCUGCCCAAGGUGGCAUAGCUUGGUUGUGGCUGGAUAUGCUUGUGCCUGGCAAACAGAGCCGGAGGCUGUGAAGGUCACGCCCUUGUCCAGGGCCUCUCAGGGAAACAUGGUCCUUGGCCCAUCUGUUCUUCUGGGACAUCAUUCCAGAUGGCCCAGGACAGCGGAACCUUUCUGUCGCUGCCAAUCAAGUCCCACAGGUAAGCCAGUCUCUGAGGCCUGACCAAUCCCGAUGCUCUCUGCUGAACACCUUCCAGGUGGCUUCUCAUGCUGCCAGCAAAGGGCUCCCCGGGGACCUCCUGACACAAGGAUGGGCCAGAGGCAACAUGUGGUCUGGCAGAUGGCCGUCUGAGUUCCUCUGAGACCCUCAGAUCCUGGCCUGCCCCGAGCUCUACGGACCUGUGGGAGCCCCAGCGAGGAGAUGCUGGCAGAGCUGGGGUCCUGUCUGCUGCUGGCAGUGGCUCUGCUGGGCCCAGGCCCCGGGGCCCAAGCCAUGACAGGUGUUAAAUGUGGGGGUGUGCUCUCAGCACCUUCCGGAAACUUCUCCAGCCCCAACUUCCCCAGGCUCUACCCCUACAACACAGAGUGCAGCUGGCUGAUUGUGGUGGCCGAGGGUUCCUCUGUGCUGCUCACCUUCCACGCCUUCGACCUGGAGUACCAUGAUGCCUGUGGCUUCGACUACCUGGAGGUCUACAACGGCGCCUCAGGAGACAAGGGCAACCUGCUGGGGAGGUUCUGCGGCCGGGUGCCCCCGCCGCCCUUCACCUCCUCCUGGCAUGUCAUGUCCGUCGUCUUCCACUCAGACAAGCACGUGGCCAGCCACGGCUUUUCUGCUGGCUACCAGAAAGAUGUGUGUGGCGGCGUCCUGACGGGCCUUUCGGGGGUCCUCACCAGCCCCGAGUACCCCGACAGCUACCCCAACAACGUGGAGUGCCGCUGGGUGAUCCGGGCCGCCGGCCCCGCCACUGUCAAGCUGGUGUUCGCGGACUUCCAGAUGGAGGGCAAUGAGGAGUGCACCUAUGACUACGUGGUCGUCCUUGGGGGCCCCGGCCCUGCCCACGGGCAUCACUACUGUGGCAGCACCAGGCCCCCCACCCUCGUGUCGCUGGGCCACGAGCUACAGGUGGUUUUCAAGUCCGACUUUAACAUUGGAGGUCGGGGCUUCAAGGCCUACUACUUCUCAGGAGAAUGCCAGGAAGUGUACACGGCUGUGCGAGGCAACUUCUCCAGUCCACAGUACCCCAGCUCCUACCCUAACAACAUCCACUGCCACUGGACCAUCCGCCUGCCUCCUGGCUACCGGGUCAAGGUGUUCUUUCUGGACCUGGAUCUGGAGGGUCCCAGCAGCCUGACCAGGACCUGCGACUUUGACCAUCUGGCGGCCUUUGAUGGGGCCAGUGAGGAGGCGCCCCUCCUGGGGAAUUGGUGUGGCCACCACCUGCCAGCACCAGUCACCUCAAGUCACAACCAGCUUCUGCUUCUGCUGCACACAGACCGCAGCACCACCCGAAGGGGCUUCUCUGUGGCCUACAUUGGAGUCGUGCCCGUGAACGUGAGCUGCUCCCGCACGGAUUUCCAGAUCCUGAUCUCCGCACAGGCACUGGCACCGCUGGAGCGGACCAAGGUCUACCUGGGCAGCCGGAGCUGUGCCGCCCAGGAAGUCGGCAGCACCUUCCGGAUCCAGGCCCGCUUCGACACCUGCGGCACCGAGUCUCAGAGGAGGAACAACACAUCGGUGAUCGUCAGCGUGCUGUACAUUGACUUCUCGGCUGGUGGGCAGGAGGACAUCCAUGAGUACGAGGUCCGCUGUGAGCCACGGCGCAAGGAGGCUUCUAUCCACCUGCUGUCUGGCUCCGACUGGCUGGGGCCCUAUGCCGCCACAGCCGAGCAUCUUCAGGAAGCGCCACCCAGGGAUGAGGUGGAGGCCCUGGAGGGCCCUGUGGCCAUGGUGACCCAAGACACCAGUGACAUUGUCUUCCUGGGCCUUUGCAUCCUGGCUGGAGUCCUCAUGGUCAUUGCCAUCGUGGUCCUGAUGCUGCUGUGAGCAGGCAAGGGACCUGGGUUCUGGCUUCCCUGGGAGGCAGCUUGCAGUCCCCAAAACAGGAGCAGACCAGGCUUUAUCGACUUGUUGGCGACCAUGGACAAGUCACUGUCCCUCUCCGAGACUCAGUUUCCUAGGCUCACAGAGCUGGCUUGAGGCUCAGAGAAGAGCACGAAUGGAUAUGAGCUUUGUAAACUAUGUCAUGUUGUGUGUGUGUGCAAUUGUUACUAAUCUGAAAGAUGGCCUGCAGUAGAAAAGAAGACUCCUGUGUGUGUUACUUGGCAUCAUGGAUAGCUGUGGUCACUGGUCACUUGUUCUGUAACUUGCACAAGUGCUUUACCCACUCAGGAUAAAAACAAGGGCAUCUUUUAUUUUUCCAACUAAUGGCUCAUCACAAGCCUUCAUUGGCAGGAAAAUUUAGUAACUGUCUAGGGGCCUCCACUCUCUUGAACUGACUCAGGAACCUUGAGGACUUCAUCCACAGCAGGCCAGUCCUGCCUCCAAACUCCAGAAACAGAGAGAAAGGGAGCCGAAACCCCACCUAGUGCUGUCAUCCCAGCCUCCGCCAUGUGGUGUCGCUGUUGGAGGCUGGUCGUGCGCAUCCCAGUGGAUCCUGUCUGAAGAGGUGGCGAUGCCCUGCGAGGUCAGAUCCCUGCAUAAAACACAGGCGGGCCCACACUGUGCUCAGCAGUGAGGCUGGAAGCUGAGGACUGGUGUCUCUUUCAUGCUGGCGUUUUUCCUUAAAUAGAUCGUGAUCCUUGACUGCAAA